UAGAUUGCAUUGAACAUAUUUGCUGGCUAACUUGAGCUUCUUUUUUUUUAGUUUUCUUAUCAAAACCGUAACAAUUUAAGGAUACUUCAAAGGAUAAUUCUAAAUGAAAGAAGAAACCAAGGUACCUCUGCUGCAAACACGAGGGUAUGAGUAAAUUAUGAAUUAUCAAUACCAUAUAGUUAUGUUAAGAUUUUUUUAAAUAACAAAAUUCCAUUUCAUUUAUCUGUUCAUCUAGGGACAUCGCUUGUAUAUUAGAAAAUUGCAUAAACAGAGAGAGAGAGAGUGUUCAUUCAUGAAACGUUAAGAGAGUCGAGGCACGAGCGCAUCGUCACCAUCGCCAUCAUCAUCGUCCUCAUCAUCAUCAUCAUCAUCCUCGUCAUCGUGGGUGAUGUUCGUCUUGUCAAUGCUCGGUAGGCAGUGACAACGGGUUUUCAAGCGUGCAAAAGCAAUUAUGUGACGGUGCCAAGUUCUGAAAAUCCACGUCCCCUUGGCAAGAGUUCGUGCUCAUAAGCCGACUCGUUAGAGAAGUAUGCGGAUGCUGCCCCUCCUGCUGGAUCCAUCAUCGCGAAAAAUGAAUACCUUCUCCUUGGGGUAUUUCAACAUUUGGGCCAUUUGUGAAUUCCUGAAAGUUGGAAACUUUGUUGUAGUAUUCAUGAGAGUAUUUAAAAUCCUACUUAAAUUAGAAGCAAUGCGGUAUUUAAAUUUUAUCUUUCCAUCGUUUGAAAAUGAAAUUACGGAAAACGUCAGAGUAGAUAUAUGUACAGUUCUGGUAGCGACACAGCCGGAAGCUUUCCUCCAGUUAAACACGUAAACGGUCAGCGGGAGUCUAAAUUUAUUUUCCAUUAGAGAUUUUCUAUAAAGAAACGUACACGUUGCGUCGUGUGUUAAAUAAUAGCAAAGUUUACAUAAUAAAGCUCGGUGGUAUGUGGCAUCGGUCUGAUCCUCAAACGCGCAACGUGGGUGGUAAAAGCAUCGUUACUAAUAGAACGUACGAUGAUUCGCAAACCAUGAAAUUAGCUGUAACCAUCGCGUGUGCAAACCUGAUAUCUUUAUACAAAUCGAAUGACGUUCUAUGUAUCAGUAAGAGAUACCUUAUUGAUUCCAUGUGGCCCGUAACGACGGAAUUCUUUCCCUUAAUUUCUGUUUCAUCUCGUUGGCCUCCUGCCAUACUUCCUAAUAUAGCAACGACGCACCGCUUCUUCCGCGACAGUUUUUUUUAUUCCUUAUUAUUACGAAAUUUAAAUCAUUAUCUGCUUUGGAACACAAUUUAUAAAUUACGAAUUUCAUUAUCGAUAUUUCCUCCCUUAGAAAAGUUUAACCGCGAAAAGUUUGAAUUAAAAGUUUCACAGACCGUCGGUAAGGAAGAUUUUUCUUGGAAACACGAUGGGCGUUAUCGAUCGGUAAAAAAGAAAAUUCAAAAUUGCGAAGCUUUAGAAAUAUCGCAUCGAACGACAUUAAGCUAAUAGUGCAAUUUUACUAGGAGAAAAUUGUGAAAGUGAACCGCAGGUCUUGGUGGAUCGCAUUGCGGAACACUCGUGUUAGAGGGGGCACGGCUCGCUGUCGUGCACGAUAUAUACAAUAUAUGUAUAUAUAUUUAUAUAUGUAUGUCAGCACGGUAGUGUGUUCGCGGACCGUGUAUGCAGAAGCGUUUAAAUAUUAAUCACAUUACGGAUGUUUUUGCCCGUGUGACGCGCGCGUAAUAGAAGGAACGAUUAUCAAAAUGCCACCGAUGUACAGACAUAACGAGAAUGGAAGUCCGUGCUAAAUACGGAUCGCACAACUUGCAAAUAAGCAGCGCCGAUGGACGCGGCCAUGUUUUCUGGUAGCAGAAAUCUUACCCAUUAAUAAUUUGUUAAUCGUCGAACCACGAAGUGGAGUGUGCAGAAUGCCGAAAUGCGAUGUGAAGACAAGGUAUCUACCAGCCACAUUUGCCUGGACAGUCCUACUCAGCACCACGACACUCUUCUUCUGUUUUCCAUGUCAAUAUUAUGUGUUUCGAUGGGGAACAUGGGUACCUGCGCUACAAGGAGUCAUCACCUUUUUUGUUCUGGCAAAUUUCACGUUAGCAACAUUUAUGGAUCCAGGAGUUAUUCCGAAAGCACCUCCUGACGAAGACCGAGAGGAUGACUUCCAUGCUCCGUUAUAUAAAAGUGUAGAAAUCAAUGGAAUUACAGUUCGUAUGAAAUGGUGUGUCACAUGCAAGUUUUAUAGACCUCCACGUUGUUCACAUUGUAGUGUUUGCAAUCAUUGUAUCGAGACAUUCGAUCAUCACUGCCCGUGGGUGAAUAACUGCAUCGGUAGGAGGAAUUAUAGGUUCUUUUUUUUCUUUCUCUUGUCUCUCAGUUUUCACAUGCUCAGUAUAUUUGGGCUUUGCCUGUAUUUUGUAUUGGAGCGUAAACAACAGUUGGGCGAAGUGGAUACAAUUGUCGCACUUGUACUCAUGGGAGUGGUUAUACUUUUGUUCAUUCCAAUAUUUGGACUGACUGGCUUUCAUGUAGUACUUGUUUCUAGAGGACGUACGACAAAUGAACAGGUAACGGGUAAAUUUAACGGAGGCUACAAUCCUUUUUCUCAUGGUUGCUUACACAAUUGCUGUUAUACGCAAUUUGGACCACAAUACCCCAGUUUAAUUAAGCCUGAAAAGUAUUCAGGAAAACGACGCGGAGUUUCUACAUCUGAGAUAUCGACUAUAGGCAGUGAGAACCAGGUAAAAACCUACAUGGAUAGCAGCAAUGGUGUUAGAAAUGCCAGUUCAAAUGCUUACAAUAAGUUGUCCCCUGGACGAGAUGGUUCGGACACGGAUAUGGAACCCACUGCAUCUCAGUCCGCGGAUUGCGAGCCUACACCUCCGCUACAAAGACACGGUUCUAAAAGCAAUUUCUUCCUGCCACCUGUGGAGAACAACGAGUCUCCCAGGCAUCCACCGCCGUCGCAACAUCGCCAUCCAAUGCAUUACACUAGAGGCAGCCCUCACACAAGGCCAAGGUACGUUGUCAAUACCUAUAGGGGAAUGAACGGCUCUCGAAGCCAUACGCCUGAUCCAUUAUCGCCAGAAGCAAGCGGAUCACCCGCCGCAGCUUCCCAAAGAGGUCAAGGACAGGGGGGUGCUAGUCCAACGACACAACGGAUCAAAGCUAUCGGAGUACCUACUCCACUCGCCAUUUCCAGUCCUAUUCGCAGAUCGAACCCAGGUACGCCGACGCAGGUUCGUCGGCCAGAUUUUAUAGGAGUUAACGAAGCACCAACGUAUUAUGAUGUACAGCAAGGAAAUAAUACCGGUGUUGGUAGCGGUGCCGUUAUAGCUGGUUACAGUCCACAGCGUCGUUUCUUGUCGGAAAGUGAGCUCGUUCGUCAAGGUACCGAACAUUCGUACUCGAGAACUAACAAUACCGUUGACAACAUUCGAGAGUUAGCGGGUUCGCCUCAACGUGGUGUCUACAUGUGGAAAGAUAAUUCACCUGGCAGCUAUCCAGCUCCAGCUGGUGCGACGGGAAACGCGACAACGCAUCAGUCGCCAUCGCAAAGACCACCGCCGCCGUCGUCGUCGUCGUCGUCGUACGAUUAUUAUCGUUCAAAUCCAACGAGUCCUACGCAACAAUUGUACGCCAAUGCUCCCAGAGCAGCCUAUCAUCCUGCAAUGAGAGGUGGAGUACCGGUCUUCCCACCGCAUCAACAAUCGCCGCAAGUGAAACGAAAAGCAACGAUGGCGACGCCAACCACUCCAACGUCGGGCGAUACGCGUCGCAGACCAAUGUCGUUUGUUAGAGCCUUAGAAAUGACGGAUUCCAUGGAAAUGGUGUCAGCGCCUAACGAUAACAGAUCACAACGGCCCACAACGCCGACACCGGAUCGUGCUAGUGUCUACGAUACGAUGAACUAUGAAAUAUCUGUAUAGCCCACCUUUACGGUCUCCGCGCCAACCUGCGGCUGGACGGAGAUUGUACAAGAAUUGCCGGCAACGUUACGCGUCUCCUGUUCGAAAGAGGAAAGAACGUACGCCGCUUACGAGAUAUCCGUCUGAAUCAUCGUGUCGAAGCAGCUAAACAUUCUAUGUCAAAUGAUAUUAAUCCCGGUCGAGAUAUCAUAAGUUCUUCCGGUCCAAAUAUUCAUCCAUUAUCGAUAUACUUUAUUGAAAUAUUGUGAGAAGAAGCCGAUUAUUUUCCUGAACGAACGAACGAACGAACGAUGAACUUGAUACGAUGGUAUCAUUCGCGUUUCUGUUGUCUGUGGAAUGACAACUGAUAAACGAGAAGAGUCUUGGUGAAAAGAAGAUAUCGUCGGUGUUCAAUUAUUUUUCAUCACAAACUGGCUAAUAUAGAAAAAAAAGUGUUAUUAGGUCUUAUUUCGCGUUGAACGGACGACAAUGUAUAAGAUUAAUAUAAACGUUUCGUUUCAACGCGGAGUUUACCGUCAACGUAAGACUGUUGUGUCAUGUUACUAGCAAUAUUUUUCAUUUGUCCGUUGAUUAACGAAGGAACAUUUCGAUUCUACAUGUAGAGACGAGAACGAAACGUGUUCGUUUAUCCGAGGGAAAAAAGAAGAAGCGUUCGGACCGAUUGACGAUUUAAGUAAUCGAGUCACGAAAUGCGUCAACGAAAGUAAUUCCGAACGCUUAGGGAUAAUUCGCUAAGCGAUAUACUCUUGCUAACGAUCGAGCUUGUCUCGCUUAGCAGCAAAUAAUUCUAUUUUUUAGUACACAGUAAGGUCAGUUUAGAUUUUUAUACCAUGAUGUCGUGACUCAAUUUCUAGAAACGCAGCAUCGGUUGAUUCCCGUUCCUUUCGUUUUCCUCUUCUUUGUCUCGAAUACACACGCGAUUCAAUUAGUAACAAAGAACAUAGGGAUUAUUAUUGCGAGCAUUUUUUUUUUUUUUUUUAUCAGGCUCGAUUUUGAUCACAUCCAUGCUCUUCGUUUCUGGUUUUUAACGACAUACACGAGAAAAGAACGGGAUCAAAAUCGAGUCUUCCAGUGUAGUCUCCUAUUCUUCUAUUGAUGCGAGAACAAUUCGUGUCCGUUUAACAAAGGGUUACUUAAUCGACUUAAGUCAUUAUCAGGAUAGAAUAACAAAUUCUGUGUAAAAUAAUCGUGAAAUGUGUAGUAAAUUUUUAAUAUACAUAUUUAACAAUAUUUAUACGUAAAUAAUAAGACUUUACAAUGAUUUCAUUUGUUUGUUAUAAAUGAUAAUUUUAUCGAUGUGACCACUAAUACGAUCAAUUGGAUUUUUACGAGUAAAAAGAGAAUAGUUUAAAAAAGAAGUAAAUAUACGAAAGAGAACAUUGUGUGAAUGCGGGAAAAAAAAGUAUGUAGUACGAAUGAAUGUAUACCAAGAGAACAUUAGAGCAUUGCAUGAAAAAAUGAAAAAAGAAGAAUAAGAAUGAAAGAUCAGCGUGUUUCAAAUGUUUACAGUGAUGAAUGAUCUACUCGACGAAAAAAAGAAGAAAAUACACAAAAGAUAAACAAUGGACUUUGUUAAAAAUGAAAAAAAAAAGAAAAAAGGGGAAUACAAUUUUGUAAUAUAUUAUAUAUUGCAUAAAUUUAUUGGUAUAUCUACUGCUACUACUAAGUUUGUAAUAUACCCCGCUUUUAAAAAUUGCAUGCCGGUUUCUGUAUUAUGUAUUUGAAUGCGAGACCAAUAUUACUAUUUAUGCAGGCUUAAAUGAAUAACUGCGAACCGUGUAUGCGUAAGGUAAUCGCGAAAUACGGUGUGUCCGUUUACCUUACGACGAAUUGAUAAUCGAAUUAUUAUUGUUAAAUAGCACAUAUCGUUCAGCUAAAGGGCUUAUCGAACAUCGAAUAUUUCCAGGCUAAAGGGACAUUUUCUCGGCGACUAAUCCUAUAUUUGGUAAAAAAUGAAAGAGAAACAGAUAUACUGCUAUUAUUAGACAUAUAUUUCUUCCAACGUUGGCGCUACAGAUAAAAUACGCGUUACUCAUUCCUUCUCUAUGUUGAGUUACAUAUAUUUUUGUUUUACUUUUACAAUGAGCUGUGCCAAAUCAAGGAAACAUACGAUUUUCCAUAUUCCACAUCAAUUAUGUAGUUUUUACACUCAGAGAGCACUUACAAGCAAAACAAAGUAACAAGAAGCAAAGAAAAAAGAAACAAAAAACUGGUACAACAAUUAAAACGAAUUGGUUUAGAGAAUUAUGUGUAAGGUGUGACGAAUGUUUAGUGUUUAUAAUUCGGUGUACUUGUACAUAAAUAUCGCUCGUUAUUAUCACUUAAAUGUACAUACAUAUACAUUUCGGUACUUACGUAUCGCUGCAGCAAUCUACAAAAAUAAAAUCCAUGAAAUACAAGCUAA